AUGGUUGAGAUAUUUGAUCCUAGCAAGGGCAGAUUCAUUGUACAAGACUUGGUUGGCAAAGUGUCUCUCGGUGCCGUGGAUGUUGAGUGCAUCUUGGCCUUGGAGAACCACGGACUGUCGGCAGAAGGUAUUCUCGGUGAGGAAGGUGAGGAUGUUAAAGAUCGAGUGCCGCCUCAAUUCCUGAGCAAGACCACAGGUAACAUAGUCAUCGACGAUCUGAUUGUGGACAUCACAAAAAAUAAAUCUGCCGACGACGAUUUCCUUCGGAGAGUUGUCCUCGUGUUGCUUGGAACAGUUCUUGCUCCCAUGUCGAGCAAGACUUACCUGUACUGGGAGAAGGUUCAGCCUCUGGAAGGUGAAUGCGCAUUCAAUCCUCGCUUGUCCAUGGAACCUCUAAUGAGGAAUUGGACUGAAGCUGCAGCCUCAAGGAGAGACAAGUUUGAUUAUGACCAACGCUGUGGCCGUGGUAACAUCAAGAUUGAAGACAACAUAACCAAGGAGUAUAGGGCGCAGGAGCGCAAAUACCUGUACUGGGAGAAGGUUCAGCCUCUGGAAGGUGAAUGCGCAUUCAAUCCUAGCUUGUCCAUAGAACCUCUAAUGAGGAAUUGGACUGAAGCUGCAGCUUCAAGGAGAGACAAGUUUGAUUAUGACCACGGCCGUGGCCGUGGUAACAUCAAGAUUGAAGACAACAUAACCAAGGAGUAUAGGGCGCAGGAGCGCAAAGUACCUGAACCAGAAAAGCCAAAAAUGAAGCACGCCGUUGGUGCGGCAAAGAAGUCCAAGUUAACCUCAAACGCGGACGAGAUGAUGAACCUCAUCAUGAAGCGGUGUAUGGAUUACAUACGCAGCCAAAUGAAGGAAAUACCAGAACAAGUAGCCGAGAGAUUGUUAGAGAAGUUGAACCAAAAUGGUGUGAUGUACAAGCCAGCGGCUGCUGCGGCUUCCGGCAACAACGAUGCCGACCUAGAAGUGGAUUCCUUUGAGAAUGGUCCGCCAGCAAAAAAAGAAUUCGUGUACAAGGAUGACUCUGACGGUCUAGAGCCGGUGAUUGAUUUGACACAGCCUGACGAGCCUGUUGGAAACCAGAACAACGAUGAUGAGGAAAAAAUACCUGCCAAGUUAAAUGUUGACAAGACAACGAAGCCUACUGAUGAGUGCGGCGCAACACCGGAGAACCCUUGGAUUGUAGGUAAUUCUCCUCGAGCAGAAUCGUCCGACAUUGACAUUUCUGCAAGUUCUAUCGAUAGGAUGGUGGGUAAGAGCAAGGGGAAAAAGUCUGCAGCAACCGCAAAAGAAGACGAUGUUAUAUCCGGGAAGCGCCGACGGACUGUUCCCAAGAAAUUUGAAUCCCCCUUUAAACUUGACAAGCCCGGCAAGCGAAGCGCUCGUGCUCUGUUUAGUGACAAUGACAUGGAAGGCUCUGUUAAGGACGAUUUGACACCGGAACUCAUCGAUGCUGCUGUUGCGUUUGUGGAGGCAGCUGCUCGGUCUGAGAAGAAUAUGACAAAAAGAGUUUACUACAAUGAACGUGGCACCUCUGUGACUGUGGAGAGUAUACGACCGAUUAUCGAUGCUUAUCAGACACAUUUGGCUCUGCGCGUUGGUCAUGAUCGGCACCUCUGUCCAGCCUGGAGGUCCAAAUACCUUGUUGAUCGUGCUAAGGCACGAGACAACCCUAAACCGUCGAAAUACAACAUGGAUAGUGCGCUGAGCAGAGCUGGAGCAGUACGUAGGGUUCUGGACGAGUAUACCGUCCGUGAUAAGUCGUUUAUCCCGUUGAACGUCGGCAAUACACACUGGAUCACUGUGGUGAUGCACAACCGCAAGAAAGAAUUCCGAGUUUUUGAUUCGCUCUAUCCUCUCGAGUUCUCUCACGACACUGUGAAAGCACUGCGACUAGCAAUAGCAAUUGAUAUGGAAGAGGCAAACCGUAUUACACCUGGCAAAUAUCCAGACGUCACUAAGUGGCCUAUCAUACCUCAGAUCGACAUGCCACUACAAGAGGACGGGAACUCUUGUGGCCUUUUUGUGAUUGAAAUUAUGGAGCAUUGGGACGGGGAUCGAUGGACCGCCGAUUUUACCCAGGGCACGGUUAAUGCAAGGAGAAGGCGUCUCAUCGCCGAGUUGGUUCUCUCACCUACCAACACGCUCGAAUGUGUGAAGAACAAAAUCCGCGACAUCGCAAAGAAACGCAAGGCGUGA